AACAACUUUGCUAAAAGAGACUAUAUUAACCUCUAAUUAUUAAUAAUGCAUGUCAGAGCGUUGUUUUCAUGGGGAGCAGCAAUGGAGAAAUAGAACUUGGCUUCUCACAGGUAAAAAUGGUAGAGGAGAUGAAACAAACAAAUGGAAUACUAUUUCCUGCUUGGGAUGAAGUUUCAUCAAUAAUAAUGGCUUCUUCUUCUAAACUUCCGCCCAAUAUUCAAUCUUCCCUUUCUCCCAAAUCUCCAUCCAUUGAAGAAACCCCAGAAAUCCCUUCAUUACUAUUUUACAACGAUCUUUCUACGAUACCAUUGCUUCCGCUGCCACCGGGUUCGUCGUUGUCGGGAGGUUCGAGAGGAAGUGCUUUUGAGGAAUAUAAUGUGAAGAAGCCGGCGGUGGAGGUGGCGAUGGCGGACGAGAAUCGGAAAAGGGAAAGUUUGAUGAAAAAAGGGUUAGUGUUUUAUAGAAAGUUUAAGAAAAGGAGGAUUGAAGAGAGAAUAAUAAUAGAGGCGGCCAAGCGGCCAGCGUCGGCUCAAUUGAUUCAUAUGAUAGCGGAGAGGAGAAGGAGAGAAAAACUCAAUGAAAGUUUUCUUGCUUUGAGAUCUAUUCUUCCACCUCAAACUAAGAAAGAUAAAGCAUCAGUGUUGGCAACAACAAGAGAAUACUUGACCAAAUUGAAAGCACAAGUUUCAGAACUUAGCCAUAGAAACCACAUCCUUCUACAAGCUCAGGAUCUUCAUAUUGCAACACACCACCAAUCAACCACUCCCACUUCAUCCCUUAACGAACCCUUUACCGUUAAGGUUUCCUACGCGCCGCCGUCGCCGGGAUCAACGGACGAGAUCGUCAUAGAUUUGGAAAUAAUCGUUAGAGGCGAUAUGGGUCCGUUAAUGACGGAUAUCGCAAUUCGCGUGCUUCAAUUCUUGAAGACGAUUGUCAAUGUCAGGGUAGUCUUGUCAUUUCAUGCUAACCAUACGACCUCUCCUUCUCCUCUUACCCGCCUCGGCUUCAGGUUUAGCCUUCAGGGUGGGGAGUGGGACGAGUCGGCCUUCCUGGAAGCAGUGAGAAGAAUUGUCUCCGACUUACUACACGUGGGGACGCAUAUAUCAUAUUCUUGGGCCACACUUCUUCAUCAUGCUCCAUCAUGAUUCGACCCUUUUCAGCCUUUGGUAUUCUUUCGGACAUUCAUCCUUCUCUCAGUCAACUUUGCUGGAUCCCACACAUGUAUUACAAUUACAAAUUUUGUUUAUCCAAAUUCCAAACAAAUAUUGAUCCCAUAUCAAAGGGACUGUCUGGGAAAUUGGAAUACAAUUAAAAUUACUGAUUUGGAGGCGCUGACAAUGGAACAAAAAUAUGAGAUCAGGUGGAAAUUGAGUUAAAGUUCAAAAUUAUUGU